GUUCUCUCCCCCUUCCUCCUCCUGCAAGGCUGCAACGAACAGCUUGCACCAGUUUUCCGUUCAGCCCACCACCUCCACCUCCAAUUCCUCUAACCGCAUCCACCGCAUCUGCUGCUUGUGCUUCUCUGCCCCUCCCACUCGGACCCUUGGAGAUGCCUUGGGCGGCUUCGCCUGCUGGUUGAAAAGCAGGGGAGGCGAGAGGAAGGGAGGAGAGGGCCGGGAGGGGAGCGGAGUGGAGAGGGGGAGGAAGAUGUUUAACUCCAAGUUCUACAACAAGUGUAAGCAUGCGUUCAAAUGCAUCCGGACGCGGCUGGUCCUGAUACGGCGGAAGAAGCAGGCCAUGAUCCGGUUCAUGAAGAAGGACAUAGCCGACCUACUCGCCAAUGGCCACGACACACACGCCUUUGGACGGAUGGACGGGCUAAUUAUUGAGAUGAACCAUUCUUGUUGUUAUGAUAUGAUUGAGGAGUGCUGUGAUCUCAUUGGAAAACAACUCAACAGCCUUCAGAAACAAAGGGAUUGCCCCCAGGAAACCAGGGAGGCAGUGUCAACUCUAAUUUUUGCCGCUGCUCGGUUUCCAGAUUUGCCUGAACUGUAUGACCUUAGGCAUAUAUUCACAGAAAGAUAUGGCAAUUUUCUCGAGCCCUUUGUUAACCUUGAGUUUGUUCGGAAACUUGACAGUGAAUCAUUCAUAAAAGAGGAGAAGUUUGAACUAAUGCAAAGUAUUGCUGAAGAAUCCUCAGUUUCUUUUGAUACCAAGGCAUUGGAAAUCAAGUUAUGGGCCGCAGCGGAAUCUAAAGAUGUUCUUAUUGGAAGUGCCUCAUUGAAACAGGUUGAACUGGCAGUACCUUUUCCCAAUAAGCAGAAGGAUAGUGAAGCUCCACUCGAAAGAAAAUCUGAAGCUACAGCUUUAGGCCAAAAGCAGAAUCUGGAAGAAUUGAAGCCAAUAGAUGUCCAGGCUGCUUGGGCUGUUGCUAUUGGUGUUGGUCGAUUAAAUGAUAAUAAUUCUGGAAAAGCGCAUUCUGAUAAAUCUGAUGGUAUGGAACAUUUGGAGAAAUCAGUAUCUCCUUUGGUCACUAAAAGAGGGGAUACUCAAAAAGAUCAUAUAAAACCUGACUGCAAGGACUAUUAUGAGAAAUCAGUUUCUCCUUUGGACAUGAAAAUGGGGAACAUGCCAAAAGAAGAUCAGAAAUUGAAGAAAAUAGAUUCUCGCCCUUCCGAAAAGGAGCUGAUGGAAGCUGUAGAGCUAGAUAUCAAUGGCCUGCCGAAGCAAGGAUCUGAUUCAGUGAAUUUUCCUGAGGCAGAAAGCAAUAAUAAGAUAGCUCCACCAAUUGCCAAGCCAAAAGAAACUAAGAAAGAACAUGGUGUCGAAAAAGAGAAUGAUAGGGGACUUGGUUACCGUCACCGAUCACAAGUGCCUGGCCGUCCUGAUCAUAAUGGGAGACACACAAACUUAGGGUUAAAAGCUCUUGGCCUACAGAAUCAGGGACCUAGUUCACUGAAUCCUUCAAUUGGUAAGAUUACAAACAGGCCACCUCCUUAUGCCAAGGUGAAUGGAGCGAAGGGCAAGAAUUGUGAUGGGAAAGAAGAGAGCAAUGGUUUCUUGCAUGGUAGACCACAACACUUGGCAGAUCCAGGACGCACGGAGCAAGAUGGACAUCGAGCCCCAGAUACAGCAUCUAACAUGCAGCCACCUUAUGUUAAACCUGUCUCAGUUAGAAGGAAGAAACUACCAGAACCUGUUAAUGUUUAUGGUGAGGCACCUAAAGAUGAGAACGUCACAAGCCGAACAACCAGCAGUCACAGAAGGCAGUCAAGCAAGCACAAGGGUGCUAGUGAUGGCUGUGACCAGAAGGAUGGUGUUGGUAAUGACAGGAAUGUUGAGAGAACUCCUAGUGGUCGACCAAGUCCCCCAGGCAGGAGAAAUGAUGCUUUGUACAACAACGACCAUGAUGGAUCCAUGCAGCGGCCUCGAGCAGGCCAAGAUGAGACUGCUAUUUAUUUUGGUAAUCUCUUACCUCGGUCUGCAAACGGGCAUCGUCGACUUAACAGCAGGAACACUGAUGUGUGUGAUGGAGAUCUUGAUGAGGAAGAAAGAAUGAUGGACAAGCUUCUGAUUCACUACAGCAAAAAGGGUUUAGACAUGGAUGAAACUAAAACAAGAACAGAAACUGCUAACGGCCAUGGAACACAAACACAGUGCCAGCAAAACGGCUCCAUGCACCCUCCAGGAAGAGCAGUCUCGCUACCGCCAGGAACAGUCAGCACGGACGAAGCUGCAAAGGUUCCCGCUCGAUCUACCUCGCUGCGGCCGGAGUGUCCUCGGAGCGUGCACGUGCACCCAAGAAUGCCGGACUUCGAAGAAUUGGCUGCCCGGGUCACUGCUCUGAGGAAUGCCUGAGGAGGAGGCUCAAAGAUUGUCUUUGCAUUGUAUACAACACGUUCAAGAAUUGGACUUUUCUGACGGUUUGUUCGUUGCAAGUCACAACCUCUCUGGAUUCUGAGAGAUUGAACAGAUAUGUGCAUGUGUUAUCCUUUAAUUUCUUUUUGCAAACAUUGGUAUAUCCUUGCAGCUUUCGGUUUGCACUGGUCGUGCUUGUCUAGAUAGGGAAUUGGUACAGAGAUUACACAGGAUUAGAGUGAUAGGGUUACGGUUUGUUAUUUCAUUCAAUCGAUAGCAUUUGUUUAAUUCAUACAUUGUAAUUCCAGAAUUUUCAAUUUCUCCAUGUACUAGUUCUGAAAACGCUGAUUUACGUGUAAAUGGUGUUGAUGAAGCCACAUAGAUUUUCUUCAA